GAGGGUUUAAUCGUGUUGCGUGAUGCUCAUAAGCCCAUCCCAUGGGGUCUCCGCAGGGGACAUCACUAAGCAUGAAUCGUGAGAGGGUUCACGGUGAAGGCAAGUUGAGUUGUUGAGGAGUGAGCUCCCCACCUCUUCAUGGGGUAUAUGACCAAGAGGGCCACCUUCACAGGUCUUGUCAGCUUCACCCUCUCUCUUUGCUCCCAUCCCUUUUCCCUCGAGCGUCUUUCCCUUCGCCAGAGACAGGUCAAGAGACAAUGGCACCAAAGUACUUUGGCGUGCAGGGCCGCGUCCUGAGCAUCCUCCAGAUCGCUCUCAUCGUCGCGCCCUCUUUCAUCCUCUUCGGAUACAACCAGGCAGGCAUCGCCGGUCUGAUCCACGAGGAGGACUGGCUCAAGACCUUCCCCGAGAUCGACACAGUCCACUCAACCGGGGCUGAACAGAGCCGAAAGUCGACCCUUCAGGGCUUCGUCGUCGCCACAUUCACCAUUGGCGCCUUGAUCGGCUCGCUGUCCUGCUCCUACACCGGUGACAAGUUUGGACGACGUAAUGUCAUCUUCGCAGCCGCCUGCUGCACCCUGAUUGGAGAGAUCCUCGAGGCGUCGAGCUUCUCCCUUGCGCAGUUCAUCGUCGGUCGUGUCAUUGUCGGUCUCGGCAUCGGUCAGCUCAGCUCCAUCGUGCCCGUCUGGCAGUCCGAGACAUCGGGCGCCAAGAAUCGUGGUCGCCAUGUCGUCUUGGACGGCCUCUUCAUCUGCGUGGGCUACGUGCUCGAGUCGUGGAUCAACCUGGGCUUCUUUGAGUUCCAGCAUGGCCCCGUCACCUGGCGUCCCCCCAUCGCCAUCGCCAUCUUCUUCUCCAUCAUUCUCAUGGCGUCCAUCUACAUGUUCCCCGAGAGCCCCCGCUGGCUGGUCAUGAAGAACCGCAGUGAUAAGGCCAAGCCCAUCGUGGCGGCUCUUCGGGGCAUGGAGGUCGACUCGCUGCAGGUCCAGGCGGAAGUGUCCGGCAUCGAGCACUCUCUGGAGGAGACGAGCAAGGGCGGCGCGAAGCUGCGCGAUGUCCUCCGCAUGGGCGACGACAAGCUACUGUAUCGCUUCCUGCUGUGUAUUUUGUUACAGUUUUUUCAACAAAUGAGUGGCUCGAACUUAGUCAGCGUGUACGCCCCCGUCAUCUUCCAGGACAACCUCAACAUGUCGGCCGAGAUGUCCAAGGUGCUCACGGGCGGUGCCCUGACGUGGAAGUUCCUGGCGAGUUUCAUCGCCUUUUUCACCAUUGACCGCUUUGGCCGACGCGUCGUCUUUAUCAUCAGCGGCAUCGGCAUGUCCUGCUGCAUGAUUGCGCUCGCCGUCGCGACCUCCUUUGACAAGGACAACAAGCCCGCCAUGAUUGCGGCCGGCUGCUUCAUCUACCUCUACAACACGUUUGUGCCGAUUGGCUUCCUGGGCGCCAACUUCCUGUACUGCACAGAGGUCGCGCCCAUCCGCCUGCGCAUGGCCAUGUCGUCCAUCUCCACCGGUAACCACUGGCUCUGGAACUUUGUCGUCGUCAUGAUAACCCCUGUCGCCAUCAACAACAUUGGCUACCAGUACUACAUUGUCUACGCCGUCAUUGCAGCCUGCAUCCCCAUCUCCGUAUUCUUCUUCUACCCCGAGACCAUGGGCCGCAACCUCGAGGAGAUCGAUCUCAUGUUCCGCGAGUCACCCUCUGUCUUUGCGACGGUGCGCUUCGCCAAGACCAGGCCCGUUGCCAUGCCGCAGGAGUUUAUCUCGGAGAAGGCCCAGAAGCCUGACCACGAGGAGGAGGGCAUUGAAGCGUGAUGUGUUAUGGACUAGUUGUUGUUGGAGAUAUUGCAUAGUGUGUGAAAUAGACUACAAGGUUUCAGAUUACCUCGCUAUUGCUACCAUCUUUCACAUGAGUUUAAUCACUUGCAAAGAGC